AUGUCCGACCAAGACUCCCCGGCCCCUGCCACCGAGGCCAAACCACCGUCCCCUUCUCGACGAUCAAGGUCGCGGUCCCCUCCUCGCAAGAGCAAGAAGGCCAGCAGCGGCUUCAAAUGGAAGCAAAAGUCAUCCGCCACCGACGCCGACGACUCCCGCCGCGAUGACAGGCGCUCGAGAUACGACGAUGACCCGCGCGGCUCUUCGUCAAGGUCCAACUAUCGCGACGACUACCGCCGCGAUCCCAGAGACCGCGAUGGCUACCGGCCGCGCGACAGGGACGCAGACCGGGACAGGCCACGCGAUCGUGAUCGCGACCGCGACCGCGACCGCGACACACGGCGCCGCAGCCGCUCCCCACGUCGCGACCGUGACCGCGACCGCGACGACCGAGGCAGGGAUAGCAGACCUCCCAGGCGCGAGAAGAAGGAGAAGGCGCCAGCCCCGGCACCUGCGCCCGCGGCGGCGGAUGGCGAGGAGAUGAUCAUCGUGCACGUCAACGACCGGCUGGGGACCAAGGCGGCGAUCCCAUGCUUUGGGUCCGACACCGUCGGGCAGUUUAAGGUCAUGGUCGCGGGGCGCAUCGGGCGCGAGCCGCACGAGAUCCUGCUCAAGCGCCAAGGGGAGAGGCCGUUCAAGGACCACAUCUCGCUGGCGGACUAUGGGGUUAGCAAUGGGGUGCAGCUGGACUUGGAGGUUGACACGGGUGAUUGA